AUGGCCACCUCCACUACAUCCGCAACCGCUCAACCCUUCCCUUUCCCACCAACCUACAACUUUCCCCCCUUCUUCACCCCGCAACCAAACACCACAACCCGCCACUCACAGCUUCACAAAUGGUCCCUCCUAAUCCAAGCCUGGUGCCGCCACCACCGCCAAUACCGACUGAAUCUUAUCGACGCAGUUGACACGCCGCUCUUCCACAACGCGGCGCUACGCAAACGCCUGGAUCUGCGCGAGGCGCGCGCUGUGGUCGAUUGGAUGUGUAGGUCGGAGGAGGAGGGUGGUGGGGGUAGGCGCGCUGAGUGGAUUGAUGCCGAUGGCCAAAAAUCGGUUGCUUGGAUUUGGUGGCGUAGGCCGGAGGAGUGGGCAGACGUUGUGAGCGAGUGGGUUGAAGGGACCGGGCAGAAAGGGAGUGUGUUGACCGUUUAUGAGAUUGUACAGGGGGAGGGGUCUGCGUCGCAAGGUAUUUUUCUCUUCUUUUCCUGGGGCGUGGGCUUAGAAGCUGACUUUGACUCUUUUUCUUCUGCUGAAGAGUUCCAUGGGAUGGAUCUUGAGCUCAUGCUCAAGUCCCUGCAGGUUCUGGUCAAGCGCGGCAAGGCACAGGUCUUCGGCAGCGAGGGCCAAGAGGGCGUCAAGUUCUUUUAA